AUGCGCGACUUUGCGCAGCUUUUUGACCAUACUAGUAAGGCGGUCGAGAAUGAGACGUGGGAGCUACCACCUGAGCCAUUGGUGUUGCGCAUCCUGGGCCAGAUUCCGGAUCGACCCGCCUGCGACCAGCUCGUGCAGAGAUACACCGACUGCCGCGAGUGCCCAGAUGAGCAGUCCAAGCGGAUCUCCGUUGUUCGAGCUCUCCGCCGCCUUGCCGAGUCGGGCAUCACCUUUCUGCAGCGGUGCGUGUCGGACGACGCCCCGAAGGGCAAGGCAGGGUCAGCACAGGCUACGCAGGCCACGCCAGGCGGUCGGACAGGCCCGCCAGUGCUGCCCUCGCCAGUGCAAAGCUGCUCGGCGUCGGCAUUUGUGGCUUGGGGCCACCUUGGAGAGGAUCAAAGGCGAGCGCAGCGGGGCAAACGGGCCAGGGCAAGCGGCAGUACUGGCGCUGACUUGGGCCUGCUCGCCGACGCUGCCGACGAUGCACAGCGCAUGCCGUCCUGUGACACGCUCUUCGGCGGGUUGCGGCCGCAGGCUGCGACAUUUCUGUACCCGCCACCGGGCAUUGCCUAUCAUUCGCCGGCAGUGCCAUUGGGCGGGCCGGUGCCUAUGCCCAUGCCGGUGCUGCAGGCGGCGCCCAUGUGUGACAUGCACCUUUGCAGGAGCACCGUUGCAGUGGCACCGAUGCGGAUUGCGUCGGCACAGCACGGCGUGGUGCGGCCACAGCCGCAGCGCGGACGCCCUAUGAUUCCGGCGAGAAUGGCACCGUCAGCAAUCAGCCAGCCAGCGAGCGUGGGGACGCCGUGCCCGCCCAUUGCCCAGCCUCAACCAAUCCGGAUAAUCCCCGAUGUGAAGCACCCGAUGGCGAUGGUGUCGAGCGCGCCCGGUCAGGUGGAUGGUCUCAACGCGUUGAUGCGGGGUAUGAGCGAAGACGUGCGUGCUGUGGCGCUCAAAUGGCUUUCUUAG